AUACUACAACAGAAACCGUGCACUUGCUCUUUAUAUAAUUUUAGAGGGAAACACCCACGAACAUUUUGGCAUCAUGGACGAAGAACCUAUUCUUCCAAAUUCUGAUGGACAAAUUUUACGCUUCCCGGUGAAACUUCGAAAAAUUAUUGAUACUUGUCAAACAGAUGCUAUUGGAUGGAACCAAGAAGGGACCGUUGUUCGAAUAAACAAGACCGUGUUCGAAACAGAGUAUUUAUCGAAAGCCCACAGACCUUUCCAAACAACGAGUUUCAGCAGUUUCAUUCGUCAACUCAACUUUUAUGGAUUUCAGAAAGUCAACCAAAGAGCUUCCCUCAAAGUGAGUGAUGAUUCCGACCCAGUCUUCUUUGAUUAUCGCCAUCCACAUUUUAAGAGAAAUAGUGCAGACUUGUCACUGGUUCAAAGGAAGAAUAAAUCAAGGAGACCACAGAAUUUUGAGGAUGCUUUUGCCAGGAUCAUUGAACCGUCUUCAAAGAGUCUGGGGACGUGGUUGCCGUUUAGGAAAUCUCUAUCAGAUGACAUCAAACAAUUGCCCAUAGAAGGGGCCCUACAGAACACGCCCCAGAUCCAGCUGUACAUGGUGGGCAGUGACGGUGUGCUGGUCCCCGUAGAAACUGCCGUGGUACUGAGUACCAGUCACAACCCAACGCAAGAUGCCCAGGCCAAGAGUUUCCCGCCAGUCCUGCACUCAACGUGAAUCCUUUUGCGUCAACAACACCCAUGUAAACAUUUCUGUCAUUACAGAAUAGUCCAAGCUGACAAUGUGCAAUUCACAUACUGUGCAUACCAAGCUCAAGCAUGUGUGAUUUGUCGUGAAAGGAGCACCCAGCUGAU